AUGCCCCAGACAGCGCGCUUAACGACAUCCACGCUGUUCGAGACUAAGCAGGCCCUCCAGCCCGCAGUGCCUGAAGAUCAAAUAAGAGCAGGGACCGCGCGGGAGUAUGAAAUGAGAGCGGGAGCCCUGUCCCAUGCUCAGCGGCCCCAGCCGCUCCUGGCCGCCCAGCCUAUUCUCGCAGCCACAUGGUCUGGCCAGCCCGACCAGCCCUACCAGGGCUUUGCACCACACCGAUUACUUUCGAUGCCGAUCUCCGUCGGAGCAAACUGGGAAAUCAAGCCAUCCUCAGUCAUGGUCAAGAUCCGCACGGAGUGCGUCAUUGACACCGUGCAGGCAGCCGCCUACCUCGGCCAGGCUGUCGUGUUCCUCUACAAGGCCAUUGACUACGACGGCUUGGAGUGCCCGAACAACUCUCCUGUUGGAUGUGCAGCCAGCGUCGCAGGCUUCAUCACGUCCAUCAGUUGGAUCGCCUCGUACCUGUCCUUUGCGGCGAACGCAUGCGGCCAGGCUGUCAACAACGGUGCGCUGUGUGCUGGCGACUUCACAGCACUUAUGGCCAACUUCGGCGAGAUCGCCACCGUGGGCGCCGCUGCCAGGGCAGACUGCAACUUCGGCAAGAACGCCCUCCAGAUCCUCACGCGCACGGAGACGAUCUCCCCUCCCUGGAAGGAGUUCGUCCCGGCGGGAGCUUCGCCGGCGGUCGACAAGGCCUUGAAGAUCAAGGGCCACAAGGACCAGCAGCGCAACCGUGACUACGACAUCGUGCAGUGCGCCGUGGACGUCACCAACUCCGCUUCCUAUAUCGUCCGAGUCAUCCUCCAGAUUCGUGCCGCGGGCAGCGCCUGUGCUGACCCGAAGUCCUGCGCUGUUGGCAUCAUGAACAUCAUUUCCUCCUUUGCUUGGAUCUCCCAGUUUACGGCCCUCGCCGUCUCGGACUGCCAAGUGGGUGCCGACCAGAAGGCCCUGUGCACCGCCGACAUCUCCGACACUUGGCCGUCUUUGAGAAGGUUUGAUUCAAAGUCGUUGUUGUCAUUGUCUGAGGAGAUCUGGAUGAAACAGUUUAAGUUUGAGUGGAUUUUUCAGAAGAUAUAUUAA